UAGGAAAUGGAGUGUGUGAGCGUGUCUCACGUUCACUUUCACUUCUCGCCGCGUGCCUCCGUGUCGUGUGUGUGUGUGUGUGUGUGUGUGCGUGUGUGUGAGAGGGUGUGAGAGAGAGCCCGGGGCCGCUGCACUACAACUUUACAGCACUGCCCUAUGCAGCUUGCGCCUUUGCAGGCCAAAGCAAGGAAGCCGUCGAGCUCCUCCUCGGUACUGACUGUCGGGGAGACCUGUUGCUGCUGUAGCGCCGCUGACAGCUCGCUCGUGCCGCGCAUCUACAUCCCUCCCGGAACUGACUGCUCCUUUCCUGGCCUUCGUCGCGGGCGCGGGCCCCCACGAGGAUGAUGCAGGAGAGCAGCAGCAGGGCGAUGCGCCUGCGGGACUGGCUCAUCCUGCAGAUCGAGAGCGGACAGUACCCGGGUUUGACGUGGCACGAUGCCGAGAAAACCCUUUUCAGGAUCCCGUGGAAGCACGCGGCCAAGCAGGACUACCGGCAGCGCGAGGACGCCGCGCUCUUCAAGGCCUGGGCUGUGUACAAGGGCAAGUAUCACGAAGGGAAAGACAGGGCUGACCCGUCUGUCUGGAAAACACGACUACGCUGCGCUCUGAACAAGAGCAGCGACUUCCAGGAGGUGCCGGAGCGGAACCAGCUGGACAUCAGUGAGCCUUAUAAGGUCUACAGGAUCCAGUCCCACGGAGGCAAGGAGGGUCAUGGGAGGCCUGAAACCUUCUCUGCUGGUCAGCUUGACACUCCACCUGGACAGUCCUCAAAACUCCAUGUGCAGUUUGGGGCCAAAGUUGACGCAAAUGGAGGCUGGAAAGAGAGAGCCGAUUCAGGUGGUCUGUACGAGCAUCCCUACAGCACGGACAUUCAAACACCCCCCCAGGGCACUCUUGCUGACAAAGAGCACAGUAUCGGGUUGAGUUCCUACUCGCUGUCCAUGUCAGGAGUUCCUGUAAGCACGUUUUUGCCCAUCGACCAUCCUGCAGCGUUCCACAUAACAGACUUCAGGCUACAGGUGUGCCUGUUCUACCAGGGUCAGCUGGUCCAGGACUUCACCACCAGUACCUCGGGGGGCUGCUGGAUCCGGCAAUGUCCUGCACUUGGAGAGGAUGAGCACCUCUAUGGGCCGAGUGCCAUAGAGCAAGUCUUCUUCCCACCCGUGGAGGCUUUCCAUAUGCCGGCAUCCGUGUGUGCGGCCAUGGCUCGCCUGCUGGCCCACCUGCAGCGCGGCGUGGUGGUGUGGGUGGCCCCUGAUGGGCUGUUUAUCAAACGCUUCUGUCAGGGCCGUGUAUACUGGAACGGGCCGCUGGCCCAGCACCGGGACCGACCCAACAAGCUAGAAAGGGAGAAAACCAGCAAGCUCCUGGAUGUGUCCAUCUUUUUCCAGGAGUUGAAGCAGUUCCUGCAGGGGGGUCCCAGGCCGAAUUUCGAGAUUAACCUGUGCUUUGGAGAGGAGUUCCCAGAGCCUGACCAGAGUAAAGACAAGAAACUUAUCACAGCACAGAUCAAACCCUUGUUCAUCAAAAAUCUGCUGAGGACCAUCCAGAGGUGUCCAGAGGAAAUGAAGGCACAGCUUCAAGACCCAAGGCAGGGCCAGCGGCAGCCACCCGUAUCUCCUUGGGCAGAUUCCGCCAUGAUACUGGAGACCCAUUCGUUGGCACCAAGUUAGGAAGAUGAGGUGUGUGAGAGUGCGGCCCGCUUCGCCUGGAUUUCGACUGAGGGGACAGGGCUGGAGGAGGGAGGGAAGGAGGACGCACGAAGAGGACGAGGGAAGGAGGAGACUGAGGGUGACACGAAUGGAAGGAAAGAAGAGCUGAGUUUUAUAGCCCCUUGUGAAACAUGAUGUUCUCAGGACUGCAUCCGUAUGCACUGUACGACAUACAGAAAUCAUGAAUCUAUUCUCUUGUCUCUUGUAUCAUUUUUUGACCUAGAAAUAUUUUUAAGCGGUACCUUUAAAUACCUCAUUUGCUCCACUUUUUUUGAUAUAUCACAUAAACGGUAAAGCAAUACCAGAUGUGUUUUUCAGAUGCAUUUU